AUGUGGAGGGAUAUUAACUCUGAAUUCUUUCCAGGGACACUUCCCAGGCCCUUCUUCAGGGCCUGGCCCACCUCAGUGGUCGAAAGAGAAAGCAACGUGACUCUGAAGUGUGGCUCUCCAUUCCAGAGAGCUGCCUUCAGGCUGGGGAAGUUGAACAGCACUGGGUCCAGGCAACAGCUCAUGAGCUCAUCCGGAAAGGAUGCUGAACUCCUCCUCACAGACCUGCAGCCUCAGGAUGCUGGGAGGUACUUUUGUACCUACAAGACAACAGCCUCCCAGGGGUGGUCAGAGAGUGAACAUCUACAGCUGGUGGUCACAGGGUCUCUCCCAAAACCUUCCCUCUCCUUCACCUUGGACCCCAAGGGCCACAAAGUCACACUUCAAUGUCUGAUUCCAUACAAUGGAACUGAACACAUAGCUACUGCUCUGCUGAAAUCAGGUCACUCGGAGCCAUUACAAGUCAAACUAAGAAUUACCCCAGCGGAUCUUGUCCUCUGGACUGUGACCAUCCAGGACACUGGCAACUACAGCUGUGUCUACUAUCAGUGGGACUUUCCAUACUUGGGCUCCUUCCCCAGCAGCAGACUGGAGUUCCGGAUGAAGGAUGAAGGUCCCUAA